GUAACGUAAUUAAUUUGCAGUCAGUGUGAUACCUCGAAAAAAAUGCGCUGAGCCGAUAAAGAACCGUGUACUGUAGUACAGAACACAGGCGUGGUUGUACAGUACUAGUUCAAAGUAACAUUGCAGUUAAAAUGGAAGGCUCUUUUUUAAUGCCUACCCUGUUACCAUUAAAAUUGUACAGUAUUUAUCGAGAUUAAUCAUGACUUCAAGGUAAUGUUGCAUUUCACUCUGUUAAAAUUAGAGGGUAAAUUACUCCUAGACCCAACACGUUAUCUGGAGCGCUAUACAACUCUUAAAAUCCCGCCUCUGCAAAGACGACUAUUUUGAGCGUUUGGAGUAUCCGUAUGUUGGUUACCAGAUGCCAAAGCCAAGCAACACUUUUUUUUUGCGCAGAGUAGACUGUGGGGUUGUGUUCUGUUUUUACAUAAGACGUUGUUUUAUGGUAACUGUACAUUACCGGUUUUUCUGAUGCUGUUGAAAUUUUAAAUUAAUUUUAUCUUGUUUUCAAACGGCCUCGGGGGACCAGCAGUUGUGGCAGCAGCAUGGGAACAUCCAAUCACUGGGUUCAAAAUAAUAAGAAAGUUAUCUAAAUAUGUAAGUUGCAGCGUAUUAACUAGGCAAGCGUGGGUAUUAUAACACCGAGGAGUGGACUGUAUUUAACCCGUCCUUAAGCAGAACUAGAGUGACUUUGCAAGAACAAUUUAAUUUCAUUUUACAAGAACUGUGCAACUCUCGUUUAGAAAGUGAAAAAACAAAAGCGAACUUGCAGAUGACGACCACAUGUUUGGUAGUACGUGUAGCAGUGGCUUGUUUCAAACUCAUAAUGAAAAACGAACCACAACUAACCCAGAGUCGAUUUAAUUAUUCAUUGAAACUUCUGCUGAAUCGGGCGUCCGAUAUUGUAUUCAAAAUACUUUAAAUCGUAUUAAUCUACUACGUUAUGAAAAAUAGAGUUGCUGCUUUUACAAACUCUAGGUUUUACGAAAAAACAAUUCCUCUAGAGACAAUUCACCAACAAACUUCACCUCGAAGAAAGGCAACUACACUUUCUAAUGAAAUUGUUAUCGCUGGGAUGGAAUGUGACGCACAGCAGCAAGACGUGCAGCUCGGAACUGCAGCCAGCGAUGGAGUGUUUAUAGGUCGCAACCCAGAUGAAGACAUCAUCUUUUCUCAUUUGAAACAUGACACUAGAGAACUCCUCGAUGCUGAAACUGAAAAUGUGCAAAAAGAAAAAAGAAAGAAGAAAAAGCCCAAAACUAAAGGCAAAAAAAAGAAACCGCAGCCAACCACAGCCAGUUGCUCGGACAGUCUGUUGGCAGAACAGCCAUUUGCUAACACAGAAAUUAGGAAGGAGUUUGGCAUUUCAACUGCUCAAAAAAGUCUGAAGAAAAAAAGAAAAAGAACCGUUGGUGCAGAGAGUGAAGAUGAUGCAGGCAAAAAGAAGAAGAAGCCACAACGCCCAAAUUACUUUGUGUCAAUUCCAAUUACAAACCCCAAGAUUGUAAGAGGUAUUGAAGCCAUUCAAGAUGUGAUCAUACAGAAGGAUCACAGAUUCUCUAAGGCUAUGAUUCCAGCAGGUACUCUUCAUAUCACCCUGCUGGUGACCUACUUGGGCAAUGAAGAAGUCAGCAUGGCAGUUUGUGCCAUGACUGAGAUGAAGGAUACCCUUCUGGAUAUACUGCAGGAGAAGGAGCUGGUUUUACCUUUUCAUGGAAUCGGACACUUCCGUAGUGAAGUGGCAUUUGUGCAAAUGGCAGAGGGAGAGCAUGUGACAACGCUUACAAAAAUUGCAGAGACUCUGAAAAAGAGGUUUGAAGAAAAGGGCAUCUUGGUCACGGAUAGCAAAGCUUUCAAACCACAUCUGACCUUCAUGAAACUCUCAAAGGCACCAAAGCUGCGUAGUCAGGGCAUUAAGAAGCUGGACCCAAAGCUGUACGAGAAUUUUGAACAUCACAAGUUCGGAGAGGAGAGAGUGGCUCGGCUGGAUCUUUGCUCCAUGCAGAAGAAAAAGCAACCAAAUGGAUACUACCAUUCUGAGACCUCCAUUGAUUUUGGGGAAAAGCAUGAUACAGACUUCAUUAGGAAGGCUUUGCAUACAGAAACUCUGCCUCUAUUGAAGCAGCUCACUCGGAUAAAAGAGUUAUUGUUGCAACCAGCAACACUGGAGAGAAUCCACAGAGAGAUGGCCGCAGCCGGAGUUCAGCCCCAUCACCAGCAAGCAGAUUAACUUCAUUGAUCAUCUGAGGGCUGGAACAGAACAGGGUAAAGCAAAACCAUUCUGCCCCAUACAUUAUUGGAUAUGCUCAUUUCAAAGUGUAAGAUGGAUCCAUGCUACUGUGUGCGUGUGAAUUAUCUUUAAUUUUUUAAAUUCCUAAUCAAUAUGUUAUUGCUUUUCCCCUUAAAUGUUUAAAGCCUUGCACCUUUUAUAUUUUAGUUGUAUAAAUAUGCCUAAAUGGGAUUCCCCCCACCCUUGUUUUGUGAAAUACCAUGAAAUAAUCUGACAUUACCAGUUUCUCAGAGUGGCCUUGUGAAGUGACAUGGGCAUAGCCACUUCCUUGCACUUGUCAUCAUGUAAUAAUGUAAUUUGGUUAACAUUAAAUAAUACUGUUACCAUAAGAAAAAACGAUUUGCAUUUGCAGAUACAGUAAUCCGUCACAUCUGCCCUAACCGUUUAUCCUCCAUGAUCAACCUCUUCAGCAACGUUAGUUUAUUAUUGAGCAGAGAAGAUUAGUUCAGAUAUUAUGUUGUAUGUGCUCCGGGCACUGCCAUUGCUGGUAGUGUCACGUGAGCUGUUCAGUGUGUUGAUAUGUAAAAAUCCUGUUCGCCUGCAGGGGGUGUAUCAACUUUAACCUUCCUGUCACUCAGCAGUGAAUGCACGCACGCACCCACAUGGCAAACGGCUUCUCUGUCACAAGCAUUAAUAUCCUGUAUCUUUUUAAACAAGGGAUUUAGGGGAGCUCCCUAAUAAAAGCUGAAUCUCAAAACAAUAAUUGUGUGAAUAUAGUAAUUGUUACAGCUGUGUAUAAUGGCAUUUAAAACAGGAUUCAUUCAUCUGACUUUUUACAUAUCCGCCCUUACUGUGGUCCCAGCGCAGCCAGAUUACUGUACGGUGUAUUUUAAAUUUGCAGUAUAUGUAUAUUAAUUUGGAGCACUUUAUACUGCAGAGAACAAAAACUCAAUGAAAGCAAGGUUGUAUAUGCUCUUAAGUUUUAUAAAUUCUCAGAUCUGAGUUCACAUUUGCACCUGAAUGCUAAUUCAUAAUAAAAGAAACAUUUUAUCAGUUAAUCUUCAUGUCAAAGCAGUGACAAUUAUAAACUGACAACCCAUUAUAUAAUUUCAAUUUCGUUUAAUGCAACUUUAUAACAAGGAAUUGAGCAAGAAUAGUUGCAAACAUUGCCUUUAAGAAAGUAAAGGCCUCUACACACCGGGCAUGAUGCGACAAGCAAAUGUGGCAAAAUAAAACAUGUAUUUUUGAUACAAGCUUUUCAUACUGCCUGUGAUGCGAAAAAAAUAGGAUUGGUAUCUUUGUGAUUUUUGUUGUGCUGCAGCUAGAGAUGUGAACAAUGAGGAACAGCUUUCCUUGAGCGCCUUCAGUAAGCAAUGAUGGAAGAAAAGAUAAUUCUGUAUAAUAAAGGACACAAAAAUUAUAAAGACACAGCAAUGAGGGAGAACAUCUUGCAGUCCAUUUCAGGAAACUGGAUAUAACUGGUGUGUAUGAUUUGUUUACCUUCACUGAAAUAAGUAUUCUGAAAAGCUAUUAUGUAUUCUACAUUUUCAUUAGCUGCAUAUCGCACACGUUGCCAGUGGUGUGAAAGGUAGUGUCGCAGUGAAAGUACUAUUUUGUCGCAGGACAAAUAGCAUCAUGUCCAGUGUGUGGAGACCUUAAAGCUUGAUGUGUUUUUUUUUUUAUCCCAGCAUUCUUAUAAUGUUUAAAUAAAGCAAGACUUAUUUUUAGUCUAUUGUGCCAUCACAAAAUGAGCCAAAAAUAAACUCCUUUAUGAAAAAAAGCCCAUCUGCUCCCAAAGUUAAUGCAAGGCAAUUUGUAGGCGUUCUGUAUUAUAAGGAAGGCAUACUGAGGAAGUGUGCCAACACCUUUUAAUGUGCCUGUGUCUGCAAUCCACAUGGGCAGAUGCAGCAGUUUAACCCACACAGGGAGCAUUGAGAAUAUUCCCAGGGAGAAAUCAUUGAUUUAAUAAUGUGCUGAAGGAACAAGAAUAGGGACUAGCAUCUCAGCUGUCAGUGCUUGUUGUUUUCCAUAUGGAUCCUUACAUCCAAGCUGAUGUCACGACACAGCAAGCCAUUGUUACAGUUCUACUGUAGGUGCCACUGGCAAACAAUAGCGUGGUAGUUUGUUGCUAUGUGCAUUAGCAAUAUUGACUGUCUGUUGAAAAAAUAGGCUAAAACCUUAUUGAGAAACAUUGUAGAGAACCACUCAUUUUCCCCCAAUAAGAGCGCUUUCAAGAUUUUCCAAUGUACAUGAAAAAAAAGGUAUUUUGUUUGGAUCUGUUUUUUCCAUUACCCUCUAAAACACCAUUUGGUCUGUUCAUGAGUAAUUUGUCAGGCUGUCAGUUUAGACCUUGGGGAAUAUAACCUGCAGUGGACGAGUCUUGUACGUUGUGUACAGUGGACACAAUGUGAUGAUACUGAUAGUAGGCAGAACAAAUGACUUGCAGCCAUUAAGUUUAUCUAAUGUUUAAAUUAGACUGCACAGAGUAAGAGUAGACUCCAACCGUAUAAUACUAUGGCGACAACUAUUGUUUUGGACUUUCAACCCAAGCAAAUGCUGAGACCCAAGCCAACAGUUUCUGUUACUGCCUCUUUUCCUAUCAUUAACACUGUUUGAUAAACAGGCUUGAAACUUAAAAAUCAAGAGGCAGUCAAUGUGUACAGGUUGUGG